AUGUCGAACCGCUUUUCCGUCUAUUCCACGCAGUCGGCUGGCCUGCCUGGUGGCCGACCACAGGGAAAUCAGGUCUCAACCACGUCCUUACUAAAUGCCCUCCAUGCACAUUACACCUCAGGGCUAGCCUACCAACUGGAUGCAGGGUCGAGCCUCGUUGUCAACAACUGGCUUACUGCCAGCCAGGUCAGCCCUGACGGUCACACUGGAGGCGCACUAGACUACGAGUUGGCAGUAAGAGCAUGGGAACAUGCUCGGCGACGAGCAGAGGAUGGUUGCAUUGUUCUAGGCUCGACUCACCAAUCGACUCCAUCUGUCUUUGAGCCUUUCCUAGCAACGCUUCCGGUCUCGACUCCUGGCGUUACUUUCACGGCCCUUUCCGCUCUGAAACCAUUUUUACAUGCCGUAACAUCGUUCAACCCCUCCUAUUCUCUCUACUCUGCACUCUCCGCCAAUUUCGCAUUCACUCUCAAGGGUGACCUUGUAUCCCUCAAAUUGGCUCUAUCAACUUCGGGCAUCAAUGUUCAAAAGGGCUUGCUUGAUAUUCCCACGGAACCCGGGUAUCGUGCGUUUGAUGUAUUCUACUAUCUGUUGACAUCAUCAUCGACGCAGGCAGAGCGGGAGUUCUUGGGUCUAAAAGAACCUUCUGCAUAUGUCCUACUGAACAAGUCGGGGACCUAUGAUCCACCUUCAUAUAUUCCCACUGCUGAUGAUGCCGCCGCCGCAGAAGACUUUAGGGCUGCUCUGAAAGCAAUUGGGAUCAAGGGCGCUUCUUUACGGAAUCUUAUCUCCAUUCUCGCCGGUCUUCUUAAGCUUGGCAAUGCAGCUGGAUUCCUAGUGGAUCAGGACGAACUCGAGGAGACUUGUGAGGAGGUUGGGGACUUGCUUGGCAUAGAUCCCGAGACUCUCCUACAUAAAUGUGCUACCGACGAGCGGGAGCUUCUCGUUACUGGGAUUUAUGAGGCUUUGGUCGACUGGGUCAUAGGCAAGGCCAACGGGGCCAUUGCCAGCGAGCUCCAGGAGAACCGCGCUGACGGAUCCGAUGGGCAGUGGAAUGAUGACGACACCGUGAGCAUUGCCGUUGUUGACCUGCCCCGGCCAGCCUUUGGAAAAGCAGUGGCGCUUCGGAACGUGUUCGAUGACAACCUUGGGAUCAAUGCGGAGAUGAAAGAAGAUGGUGUGCCGGCGCCCCCUAUCGGACAGGCCAUUUCAAACGAAAUGGCGGCGGCAGUGGAGCAGUUUGGGCCAGAUCUCGGGCUCAGCAUAGACCCUGCGAAAGAGUACGAACUCGAUAAGAGACAGGGUGUUUUGGAAAAAGUGGCAAUCGAUCUCGAUACAGAUUCGUUUCUGUACCAACUCUUGGCUCCAGACGAGAGUCAGGGUAUUUUUGUAGGAAAUAAGGGCCGGUUUGAUUUUGCCAAUACUCUCGGUAGCAGCAGAGUAUGGCAUCACAUAUCCGUCCAUCCCAGCGAUGAUCUUCCCGAGGCGAUGAAUCCGUCCGCGCCGACAGCCACCUGGUCAGCAGCUGUGGUCUCUCGGCAAAUUCGUGAAUGGCGACUUGCAGAAUGGGCCAAUCGCCGUUUAAAACAAUUCGAUUUCACCGCUGACUUUGACGUGGAUGAGUUUGUCAACCGCUAUGCUCGACUAGGCUGCGCUGAUGGCAGAGAUGGCGUGGAAAGUUGGCUAAUGGAGAGAGGAUGGACGAAUGGUGAUGCCUUCGUCGGUCACCAGCGGAUCUGGAUGCGGGAAAGUGCCUGGUGGGAAGCCGAGACGAUGAUUGAUCUCAAACCAGAUGAGCCACCGUCGACGCAUUCCUACAACUUCGGUAGCGGCAUGCUGGAUCCGAAUUACGCAGGCACACCAAUGGCCGAAUCAGCCAGCCUACUCGGUGGCAGCCGCGAUAACCUCCUACAGAGACAGAGUGCAAUGGCACCCAGCGUUAUGGGCAAGUCUAUCGCGCCUAGUCUCCCUCCAACUCUGAAUAUGACUGGUGAUUAUGGCCUGGGGGGCAAGGGCGAUGAUAAGAAGUGGGACAACGUGUAUUACGAUGGCGAUGCAGAGCUUGGGGACCGGAAACACCUCGAAAGGGACGAGAUCACCUUUGGCCGUCGCGCUUGGACUAUGUUCGUAAUGGCCCUUACGUUCUGGAUACCGUCAUUCGCCCUACGCUACAUCGGACGAAUGAAGCGUCCGGAUGUGCGGCAGGCCUGGCGAGAAAAACUGAUCUUGGUCCUUUUGAUCCUUCUCUUCAACGGCAUUGUUUGUUUCUACAUCAUCGCGUUUGGUGACCUCCUUUGCCCGGAUAAGGACAAGGCCUGGAAUGAAAAGGAGCUUAGUUGGCAUGCUGGAGAUAAUGACUUUUUCGUCGGCAUUCACGGUAAAGUUUAUGAUAUUACCAAGUUCGCAAAGCUCACCCAUGGCGAUACAAAGCCUGAAGCAACUCCUUCGCUUAUGGAGCCAUUAGCGGGUUUGAUUUUGGAUGCUUACUUCCCGCCUCCACUCACCCGGAUGUGUGGUGACUUUGUGGAUGAUCUAUCAAUCAGCUUGCGAAACAAUGAUACUACUGCCACCCAGGACCAACCCCUCGCCUUGCAUAAAACUGGACCGCGUGACCAGCCUGAUCCGAAUACUAAACUACACGAUAUCAGUUGGUACGAAAAAGUCUUCUUGCCCAAAAUCAAGGGGUAUCACAAAGGAUCACUUGUCUGGACGCGAGAUAAGGUUAAAAAGGAAGCACAGGGCAGCAGCCAACGGCAAUGGGUCAUUGCGCACAAAAAGAUAUAUGACCUGACGGACUAUUUCUAUACACUUGACCAACAGAAUGACAACAGUGACUACAACUUCCUCCCCAGCGCAAUCACAGAUCUGGUUAAAAAUAACCCUGGUGAGGACGUCUCAGAUAAGUGGCCGCUGACGUCGGAGCCCUUCAGCUCAGCUCAAAACUGUAUGGAUUACGUGUUCUACAAAGGAGACCUUGAUUUCCGUGAGGAAGCGAGGUGUACGGUCAACAAUUGGAUUCUCCUGUCAUUCACCGUCUUGAUUUGUGCCGUUGUUUUGGUCAAGUUCCUUGCAGCUCUCCAACUUGGCUCUAAGCGUCGCCCAGCUCCCCAGGACAAAUUUGUCAUUUGCAUGGUCCCUGCCUAUACCGAAGGCGAGGACUCGCUCCGCAAAGGCCUCGACUCUCUUACUGCUCUUCAGUAUGACAACAAGCGCAAACUGAUCUUUGUGAUUUGUGACGGUAUGAUUGUUGGUGGAGGUAAUGACCGGCCAACACCCAAGAUCAUCCUAGAUAUUCUUGGCGUGGACCCCAAGAUCGACCCUCCGGCAUUACCCGUCAAGUGCGUUGGUCAGGGAAGCGAGCAGCUGAACUACGGCAAGGUGUACUCCGGUCUAUAUGAGUAUGAAGGAAACGUGGUACCCUACGUGGUCGUUGUCAAAGUUGGCAAAGAAUCCGAGCAGACCAAGUCAAAGCCCGGUAAUAGGGGUAAGCGAGACUCUCAGGUUCUUCUUCUCAACUUCCUCAACCGCGUACACCACCGUGCACCGAUGUCCCCUCUUGAGCUUGAGGUUUUCCACCAGAUCAACAAUGUCAUCGGUGUCGAUCCGGAGCUCUACGAAUAUUGUUUGAUGGUGGAUGCCGAUACGAGUGUACGAGAAGAUUCGCUCAAUCGCCUGGUAGCCGCAUGUGCAAACGACGCUCGCAUUGCUGGUAUUUGUGGUGAGACGAGUCUUCAAAACGAGGAAAGAAGUUGGUGGACGAUGAUUCAGGUCUAUGAAUAUUAUAUUUCCCAUCAUCUAGCAAAGGCCUUCGAGUCCUUGUUCGGCAGUGUUACGUGUCUUCCGGGAUGUUUCUGUAUGUAUCGUCUCCGCACAGCCGACAAGGGCCGACCCCUGAUUGUAUCGGAUAAGCUUCUUGAAGAAUACUCGGACAUCAAUGUUGAUACUCUUCACAAGAAGAACCUGUUGGCCCUUGGUGAAGAUCGAUACCUCACUACUUUAAUGACCAAGCACUUUCCCACCAUGUCGUACAAGUUCAUACCCGAUGCCUUCGCUAGCACGGCGGCACCUGAGACAUGGUCGGUUCUUCUGUCGCAGCGACGUCGUUGGAUCAACUCCACCGUCCACAACCUGGUUGAAUUGGCGGCUUUGAAGGAUCUUUGUGGGUUCUGUUGUUUCAGUAUGCGUUUCGUCGUGAUGGUCGAUCUCCUGGGAACUAUUAUCCUACCCGCGACCUGUGUCUAUCUCGUAUAUUUGAUCUACCGGGUUGCGAGCCACACUGGACCUUUCCCGCUUAUUUCCAUUAUUAUGCUGGCUGGUAUCUACGGUCUUCAGGCGAUCAUCUUCAUUGUUAAGCGCCAGUGGCAGCACAUUGGAUGGAUGAUCAUCUAUCUCUGUGCUUACCCUAUCUACAGUUUUAUUCUUCCCUUGUACUCCUUCUGGAAGCAGGACGACUUCAGUUGGGGUAACACUCGCGUUGUUAUUGAGGAGAAGGGUUCGCAGCGUGUUAUUGCCGUGGAAGACGAGGAAUUCGACCCGCGCAGCAUCCCACUUCAGCGCUGGGAUGAGUAUGCUCUGGCCAACAACCUGCCCGGGCGUCGGGGCGACUUCGCCAUGGGUCAGGAGAAGGGUUAUUUUGGUCCUCGCUACAUGGAUGACGCCGCGAUGGAAAUGGACGACAUGCAUUCGCAGUAUUCAUCUGUCAAACCUGCGUCGACCAUUCUCACAGGAUUCCCCGGCCAUGGCCGAAACACCUACAUGCCACCACAGUCACCAGCACCCUUUGGCGGAAAUAUCCCAGGCAACAGAAACUCGCAUUUCUCCACCUUCUCUCGGUACACCGACCAACCUCUGCAAGGUCCUAACCCGCAGGCGCGGAACAUGUCCAUGGGUAACCUCAGCCAGUUUGACAAUAGCGGCAUGACCAACCGAAACAGCGUCGGAAUGAUGCAAAGCACGGAAAACCUUCUUGGACUACAGCACCGAAACUCGCGCAGCCCAGUCGGUGGGUUCAACUCACGGCCUGCCAGUGCAUUCGACUUCCGUGGAGGAGCCAUGAACGGGCCUGACGAGGGUUUGAUCACGGAGGCCAUUCGAAGCUGUCUCGCAGAGGUCGACCUCGACACUGUCACUAAGAAGCAAGUUCGCGCCUUGGUUGAGCAACGACUCCAGACAACACUUGUCGGAGACAAGCGAGCAUUCCUUGACCGCCAGAUUGAUAACGAGUUGGCGAACAUGUGA